AAACUAAAAACAAACAAAUAAACAAUCCCAAAAAGAGAAAGUAUAAUGAUCGCGCCGCGUAGUAAAUAAUCUCUUAAGUAACCUUUUACAAAUAAUAAAAUUAUUUUAAUUUUGCGCACAAAGAAGUGAUUACGAACUACAUACGUAAAUUGUCGCGCUAAUGAUGAUUAUUUGUUGAAAACAAGUUCUUUGUUUGAAAAAAAAUAUAUAAUUUUUUGUGAUUUGUAAAGCAAUAGAAGUUAGCAGUAUGCAUACCGACGAGGAACGUUUGUACGAUCCCAACGAGGAGGAAGAGGUUAGUGAUGCAGCACAAAAUAUUGAUGCCAGUUUGCCAAGAAUUCCAAAUGAAUCAAAUGGAGGCGUUAAUGGCACAAAUGCAUCCUCGCCUACCGCUGAGGACCAACAGGUUGUGGCGGUCAAGCACCGUUGGUUUAUUUUGGAACCUCCAGUAUUUCUAGUAUUCCUAGCUAUGUAUUUAUCCGGAACUGUUUAUCAGAACCAGUUGUUAUAUCAAACCUGCAUUUUCGUUUUUAAUUACAAUGAAACGCAAUGUGAACCUUUGUUGGGUGUUGAACGGGAAACAGAGGAGGUGAAGCGCAUAGAAACCCAAGUCCAACCAUAUGUAGCCAGAAUUUUAAUGGCUCGUUCCCUAUUGGAAAGCAUAAUACCAGCUAUUGUUAGUUUAUUUAUUGGUCCUUGGUCAGAUAAAUUUGGGCGAAGGCCCAUUGUCCUAACAACAUUCACAGGUUAUCUAUGCGGCUCGAUUAUUUUAACCACCUUAAGUUUUAUUGCCACCAAAACUAUUGUAAGUCCAUGGGUGUUCUUAUUAUCAUCUGUGCCUUCAGUCCUAAGCGGCGGUACUUGUGCCUUAAUUACCGGCAUUUAUUGUUAUAUCUCUGAUGUAGCUAAAGCAAGAGCUAGAGCUUUGAGAAUGGUUUUAAAUGAAGCCUCACUUUGCGCCGGCAUGAUGAUUGGUAAUGUAGCCAGUGGUUAUUUAUAUGCGGCUACAAAUGCCGUAACCGUUUUUGCCAUCUCGUCCGGAUUAAUGUUGCUUUCACUUAUCUAUGUGUACAUAUUUGUUGUCGAAAGUUUACAUCCCGACCUAAUACAUUCUGGAUCCAAGCUAAGAGAAUUCUUCCGCUUUGAUUUAGUCAAGGACUUGGUGCAGACUUGCAUCAAAAGAAGGCCCAAUUUCGAUCGUGCCAUUAUCUGGCUGACAAUGAUGGCUUUGACGGUGGCCAUAUUCACAAUGGAAGGUGAUUCAAAUGUUACAUAUCUGUAUGUGAGAAAACAGUUUGAAUGGACCCUCAAGGAUUUUAGCAUGUUUAAUGCGGCGCGUAUUAUAGUACAGAUCUUUGGUAGUGUUUUGGGCAUGUUCAUACUUAGAAAGCUGCUUAAAUUUUCCAUUAUAUCUAUGACUAUGAUCUCCUUAGCCAGUUGCGUUUUAGAGAGUACCGUCAGAGCUACUGCCAUUUAUUGGUGGGAAUUAUAUGUAGGUCUGACUCUGGGCUUUAUGCGUGGCAUAAUGGGACCCAUGGCGCGAGCCAUACUUUCACAUGUGGCCCCCUCAACUGAAGUGGGUAAAAUAUUUGCCUUGACCACUUCAUUGGAGUCCUUGUCACCUUUGAUAGCAGCCCCUCUAUACACUUCGGUAUAUAAUGCAACCUUGGAGUUUUAUCCAGGCCUUUUCAAUUUUAUAAGUGCCGGCUUAUAUUUGUUAUGUUUUACUUUUAUAUCGGCAAUAUUUGGUAUACAGAAAUCCAUGGGUCAAACUGCUACCUAUCAGGCUAUAGGAAGUUAAUAUAAGUAGUAUGAAAAGUGAAUGUAUUUUUGUUUUAAAUAGAACAAUUGUAUUGUACAAGGGCAGUGAUACCUUUUUUAACGGAUGUAUUUUUCCAAAGUGUACCUUCUAUAUAAAUAAUUAUAAUUUUUGCUUUUACAACUAAACGGUAAAAUACCUCUCACAAUAUUUUGUAUAUAAAUAUGUAUGUACAUUUGACCAAAUUUAAGUUGUUGGCAGGAUAAAAUAAAAAAAAGAUUGCUGAAAAUAUUUAAACACCGAAAAUUCUUGCAAAUUUGAUCACUUAUUAGAUCAAUACCCCAUUAACUUUCAAUUUAUCUAAGUAAAUAGACAAAUUGUAUACGUUUUUUUUGAAAUGUUAUAGUAUUGUAAUUUUCUAUUAAAGCUUUAUAAACAUUUCAUUUAUAAUCCAAAUGUAUUUAAAUAAUUCAAUAUAUACAUAUAUCUACUUUUACUACGACAUUGAGUUAAGUCUUCCAAAUACCAAGUAUUUUGGUCUUAACCUGCCGAUAUCAUAGAGAUAAGGGACCUUAAUCAUAUGAAGUUUAUGUUUUUUUAAUAUAUGUAUAAAUAUUUAAUUAUGGUUCCUAGUUAAGGUAAAUUGGAUUUAACAUUUUGACAAGCUCCCAAAAACUAAAUGAAAUGAAUUGAAAUUUUUAACAUAAUUUGUAUGCUGCAUACGAACAAGUAAUUUGGUGUAAAUAAAUGUAAAUUCGAGGAAAA